AUGGUUCGUGCUGCGGUUGGUCUAGGGGCCUUGGCUACCCUGAUCUCGCUCUCCAGCGCAAAGGAGAUCAAGCCAGAUGAGGCCAAGGCAGCAAGACUCUAUGACUCGGGAGUUGUGCACAACAACCUCAUGGCCCUCAAGAAUGAGGAGUGGGCUCGCCAGGAAGAGGCUGGAGCUUUCCAAAGCGAACAAUACCCAAAGCUAGGCUACGCACGCUGCGUUGACGGCUUUGCCGAGGCUAUCAAGGGUGAUCGCAACAACACCUUUGCAUGCCACAAUGCUGAUCUCCACUCAUUCCUGAGCCAUGCUGCUCUUGGUAGCACGGGAGGACGUGGCUCUUCUUCAUGGGGUUGGACCUCUGAUGAUGGCCGCGAGUUCGUUGCCAUUGGCCAGUAUGAUGGUACCGCCUUUGCGGAAAUCGACAAGAAGGGCAAGCUCAUCUACCUUGGCCGUCUGCCUCAGUACUCUGAGCCAUCUCAGUGGCGCGAGAUCCGCACAUACAAGAACUAUGUCGUUAUCGGAUCCGAGGCCGUUGGUCAUGGCGUUCAGAUCUUUGACCUUGAGAAGCUUCUUGAUAUUGACCCGGCCAAGCCGGUCAUCUUCGACGCCAAGAAGGACCUCACUAGCCACUUCAGCGCGCUCCUACCUCUUGGUCGUGCUCACAAUGUUGUGGUCAACGAGGAGCUCAAGUAUGGUGUCGCUGUGGGCGCUCAGCCCAGAACCGACCCUAACUGCUUGUCGGGUCUCAACUUCUUUGAUCUCACCGACCCAGCCAACCCAGAGUCGCUUGGGUGUGCGAAGGGCGAUGGCUACGUGCACGAUGCUCAGUGCCUUGUCUACCGUGGACCCGACGAGCGUUACCAGGGUCGUGAUAUUUGCUACGGCUACAACGAGGACACCCUCACCAUUUAUGACGUUACUGACAAGGCCAACGUCACCAACAUCAUCUCUCGCAUCUCUUAUGAGGGUGCCUCCUAUACCCACCAAGGUUGGGUCCUGGACACCCAGAACCAAGAGUUCCUGGUUCUAGACGAUGAGCUCGAUGAGCAGAACGGGAACGGCCCUGGUGGUGAUGGCUUCCCAGUGACGUUCAUUUGGGACAUUAGAGACCUGGAGAACCCCAAGCAAACGGGCUUCUUCAAGCAUCCCACCAAGUCCAUCGAUCACAACCAGUAUGUCAUUGACAACUUCAUCUACCAGUCGCACUACGGUGCUGGUCUGCGUGUCCUUGAUGGCCGUUCUAUCCCAGAGGAUCCGACCGGAGCUGGUGUGUACGAAGCCGCUUGGUUUGACAUUUAUCCCGAGGAUGACGACUUGCCCGGCGGUGGUGCGGUCGCUUUUGUUGGAACAUGGUCCUCUUACGCCUUCUUUAAGUCGGGUUACAUCUUUAUCAACACCAUUGAACGUGGUGCAUUUGUUGUAAAGCUGACGGGGAAGCUCUUUUCCAAGUAG